AGUCAUUAUCAUGACACAUCUUCAACAUUAGGAAAAGCUUCCUCUUAUGAAGCGUUUUAUUUGCUAACCUUGGGGAGAGGUUGGCUCCUUCUUAUGGUUAGUAUUUGAGAGUUAAAUAAAUAAUCGUCCUGGCAAACAGAGGUUGUCGGACACUAAAUGUAUGCAGUAGGUGCUCUACAGCUAGCUUUGUAGCUCAAGAGCUCGCUAAAAAGAGAGCUUCACAAGCUAGUGCGCGCUAACGCUAGCUAACUGAGGAGACCGAGUACCUAACAUUUAACGUUACUUGGAGAGCUAAAUUUCUCAAAGACAGCAUCUGAAAACGGGGUAACUGUUGUCUGUAUAUCAACAGGACUUAGCACAAAGUAGCAGCACAAGCUUGUCUGUAGAGACACUGAUGUAAAAUUACAGGCUACAGAUGAAGAUGAACACGUCCUUCACAUGGUUUCCCAUGAUUCUCACCUGGAGUGGGAAGGUGUUGUGAGAAAGGAGGAAGAAGGGAGGACCACACACCGGGACUAUAAACAAGAGUCAUGAAUCUCCAUCAGGUUCUCACAGGGGCUGUCAACCCUGGAGACAAUUGUUUCUCUGUAGGGAGCGUCAACAAUGUGCCAUUCACGGCCUAUGCGUCUGGUUGUGAUGUGGUGAUUUUGGGCAGUGACUUUGAGCGACUGCAGAUCAUCCCAGGGGCCAAACAUGGCAAUAUCCAGGUUGGCUGUGUCGACUGCUCGCUGCAGGGAGGACAGAUUGCAGCUUCCUAUGGAAGCAUUGUGUGUGUUUUUGAGCCAGUUCAGCACCCAGAUCAAAAAGACACAUCGUUGACCAAGUUGAACUGCCAAUGGCAGAAGACUGGUCAGUUUGUUUUGCAGUCCAUGGUACGGAACCUGGCCUGGCACCCCACAGGUAGCACUCUCUUAACAGGCUCUAGUAGCCUCCAGUUGUGGUCUAAUGUUAACGGAGUGAAAGAUGAAACUGAAGAGGGAGAAAAGCAGACAGAAUUGACCACAAGAGACUCUCAUUCCUCAUGGAGAUGCAUCUGGCAGAGCAAGACGGCCUCUCCGGUCAGUUUAAUGAAGUUCUCUCCUGAUGGGGAAUUCUUUGCUACUGCUGGACAGGAUGAUUGCCUAGUAAAGGUUUGGUACAGCACCAGUAAGUGGAAGUCUAGUGUUUCCAGACUUUACACACCUCCAGAAUGCAAUGUCAGUGUCCAGGGAGAGCUGGCCUUUUCCUUUGUCUACCUGGCCCAUCCCCGCUCUGUUACCGGCUUCUCUUGGAGGAAGACCAGCAAGUUCAUGCCACGAGGUUCAGUGUGUAAUGUUCUGCUCACCUGCUGUAAGGACAGCGUGUGUCGCCUCUGGGCAGAGACUCUGUUGCCAGGUGACAGCCUCCUGUCUGGUCACCAUAACAACCACACCAGUGGCCAACACAGUGAUAAACUGAGAAGUGCUGGCCCCUCUAGGAAAAACACCUGCAAUGGGAAGACUCAAGGGAGAACAACACAAGAAUUGAAUUUUCAAGAAUCAUGGCACUCCCCCUUUUAUCGGGAUGUGCCGCUGCCCUCUUUGACUGGCUGCCUGCCCCACCAUCAGAGCCGACACUACAACCACAAGAAGAGCAGCAGCAACAUGCCCCAUGCCAACGCUCUCUGCCACUUCCACAUCGCUGCCAGCAUCAACCCUGCCACAGACAUUCCUCUGCUUCCCUCCAUCUCCUCUCUGAGUGCUGUGGAUGAUGAGGAACCUGGAGGCCCUUUUACUGUCCACUGGCUCAACAACAAAGAGCUUCAUUUCACUUUAGCUAUGGAAGUCUUCCUGCAGCAGCUCCGAGGCAGCCUGGAGCAACAGAGCGAAUGCUCCCAUGAAGAGCCUGAAAAUGAGGAUAACUUUGAUGAAGACGAUCAUAGUAGCAGGCCAAAUGACCCCCAAGGACCUGAGGCUGCAGAGCUUCCUCUCGCAGCAGUGGAGCACCAGGUGGACGUGUUGUUAGAGGAGUGGAAUAAAGGGGCAGACAUGUUAUUCAGCAUCCAUCCCAUGGACGGCUCCCUGUUAGUCUGGCAUGUGGACUGGUUGGAUGAAUACCAGCCAGGCAUGUUCAGACAAGCUCAGGUGUCGUUUGUGUCCCGUAUUCCUGUAGCGUUUCCUACAGGUGAUGCAAUCUCCUUGAGUCACAGCGUGGUUAUGUAUGCCUGCAACAAGAAUGUAGAUCUGGCUAUCCAACAUGGCAGACAGCGACCGCCUGGGAGCACACUGCCUCAAACCAAAUCCGCUCUUAUUAGCUAUGGAGGUCAAGGGAAAGCUGCACCCAGCAGUAGUCUUCGACUAAGCAUUUUCACCCCCAAUGUGCUUAUGAUCUCCAAACAUGCCGAUGGCUCUCUUAACCAGUGGGCGGUCAGCUUUGCAGAGGACUCUGCUUUCUCCACAGUGCUCAGCGUCUCACACAAGUCUCGGUACUGUGGUCACCGUUUCCACCUCAAUGAUCUGGCCUGUCAUUCCUUACUCCCUCUCCUCCUCACCACCUCACAUCACAACGCCUUGAGGACACCGGAGGCAGACAACAUCCUGGCGCCUCCAGAGGCCUGCUCCUCUGGUUUCUCUCAUUCAACUUCUCUGCCCCGUGGGUCACGGCCCAGCCGAGUGUCCCUGGGUAUGAUUUCCCAGGAUCCCAAUGCUAUCUACAGUGAGCUGAUUUUGUGGAGAGUGGACCCUGUGGGUCCGCUAUCUUUGUCAGGCGGAGUGUCUGAGUUGGCUCGAAUCAAUUCUCUUCAUGCAUCAGCAUUUGCAAAUGUAGCCUGGCUGCCAACACUCAUCCCCAGCAGCUGUUUAGGUGUGUACUGUAACUCUCCCAGCGCCUGCUUCGUUGCAAGUGACGGCUACUCCCUUAGGCUAUAUCAGGCUGUUAUCGAAGCCAAGAAACUCCUAAGUGAGCUCUCCAAUCCUGAGAUAUCAAAAUAUGUCGGUGAGGUGUUCAACAUCAUCAGUCAGCAAUCCACAGCAAAACCAGGGUGUAUUAUAGAGCUGGAUGCCAUUACUGACUUUCAGGGAAAGGAGACGCAGCUCCUGCAUGUUUUUGAGGAGGAUCUGAUCCUCGGCAAUGAGAGAACAGAGAGCGCACAGGAAACUCCUGAUUCUGCUCAUACUGCCUCUAGCGAGCCAACCUUCUCAGCACGUUUUUUCCUCGUGGUGGUCGAAUUAACCCCGACAGGGCGCUCGCUCCUCCACAUGUGGCAUCUCCAUCUUGCUGCUCGACCUGUCACCAUGGAGGACACUACACCAGAGAAGGAUGCCAGCACAGCUUCUUCGAUGAACAGCUCUCAAUUUAACUUUGAGACGUUCAGUUCCUCAGUAACUCAGAAGAGUAAACCCUGCACUUCCAAUCUGCAGAGCGCCUGUCGCCUCAGCCUCACAACACACAGGCUUUACAGCCAGGAGAUUGCUCUGCCAGCAGGUGUGGAGGCCAUCAGUGUUACACCCUCAGCAGGUCACCUCAGCGCGUCGUGUUCUCUGCCAACUGGCCGCGUACCUUACCUCCUCGCUACUUCCUGUUCUGAUGGAAAGGUGCGCUUCUGGAGAUGUAAUGUCACAGAAACAGAGCACUCGGGUAUGGACAAGUUGAUGUAUCAAUGGGAAGAGUGGCCUCUUCUUGUGGAAGAGGGGAUUCCCAAUUGCAGCGCAGUAAAUGUGCAAGGUCGCCCGAUAGAGGUCAGCUGCUGUCACACUGGACGGAUUGCAGUUGCCUACAGGCAGACACCAAACACAUCUCCUAACCUGACACCUCAUCUAAACUCUCACGGACUGCUGACUUCUCCCCCCACCCUGGCUUCCUCCCCUUAUGUGCACAACAACAACACCAACACCCACCUGACCCCAACCCUUACUAUACAGCGUAGCGCAAGUGUCCCUCCAAGCCCUUACCCAGCAAAUACUAGAGAACCACUGGUCCACAUUAGCAUCUUCCAGUGUGAGUCCACUGGUGGUUCGCAGUGGAUUCUUGAGCAGACGUUAGUCCUGGACAGCACAGAUCCCACAGCUAGUUACGGCAUUAGCAAUAGCACAACUGGGGAUACCAAUAUUCCAAGCAGUAACAUGGACUUCUCUAUACCUAACGAGCACUGUCUUGGUUCUACUAGUAAGAGUCUGGUUCACUUGGACUGGGUCUCCCAAGAGGAUGGAUCACAUGUUCUGACUGUUGGUAUUGGGACAAAGAUUUAUAUGUACGGCCGUCUCUCUGGAAAACCUCCAGAACUCGGCCUGUCAUCUGAUGUCAGUAGAGACCAAAGCUUGUCUCGUCUUGUUCUGCUUCGAUCAGUUGAUCUGGUCUCCUCUGUCGAAGGCUCUUUACCCAUCCCAGUCUCCCUCUCCUGGGUACGAGAUGGUAUCUUAGUAGUAGGCAUGGACUGUGAGAUGCAUGUCUACUCCCAGUGGCAGCCCCCAGCACCACCCAAACCCAAUGUUGCCAUUGUCCAAGAUACAGACAUCAGCAGCAGCGUCUCCUCCAUCGUCUCCGCUGUCAGACAGAGCCAGGAGGAGGGCCUUAGUCCAGGGGCUCCCAUGUCCUUACUGGCACCUCCCAAAAAGGCCCUUACAAGAUCAAUGAUGAGCUUGGCUCAGAAACUCAGCGGGAAAAGAACAGCUUAUGACCUGCCGGUAGAGAUGGAGGAUUCUGGACUAUUCGAAGCAGCUCACCAACUCUAUCCCACCCUGCCCCAGUACCACCCAGUACAGUUACUGGAGCUCAUGGAUUUGGGGAAGGUUCACCGUGCCAAAGCCAUCCUCUCUCACCUGGUGAAAUGCAUUGCUGGAGAAAUUGUGGCUCUUAAAGACAACACCACCAACCCAGAGAAACGUGUACGUUCUCGAACCAUCAGCGCUGGAGGCAGCACGGCCAGGGAUCGGAAGAUGUUCAGCAAAGCAGAGAACUCCACCACAGACUACACAGAGAUUAGCUCCAUCCCUCCUCUGCCUCUGUACGCCCUUCUGGCAGCUGAUGAGGACACAUCACCAAAGCCUGAUAAAGUGGGCAGUGUGAGCGGAGAUAGUGGGCAUGGUUCCAGUCACACAGAUGCUUAUGAUGAGCUGUUUCAUACACCCAGCAUGGUGGACUUGGACCCUCUGGACAAUGAUCAAGAAGAAACUGGGAACAAGGUAAUUGACCUGUCCCAGUACAGUCCAACCUACUUUGGUCCAGAACAUGCCCAGGUUCUGUCCAGCCAUCUCCUCCACUCCAGUUUGCCAGGCUUAACUCGUAUGGAGCAGAUGUCUCUCAUGGCGCUGGCUGACACCAUCGCUACCACCAGCACAGACCUCAAGGACAGCCAGGGCAAGAGCAAAGGUGGAGAGACACUGGAUGAGUGUGGUCUGAAGUUCUUGCUGGCUGUGAGGCUACAUACCUUCCUGUCUACCUCCCUUCCCCCGGCACACCGAGCACAGCUGCUGCGGCAAGGCCUGUCAACAUGUCAUUACGCCUGGGCUUUCCACUCAGAAGCUGAAGAGGAGCUGCUCAACAUGCUGCCUGCCCUACAGAAGGGAGAGCCCACCUGGCCUGAGCUGCGCUCCAUGGGGGUGGGCUGGUGGCUGCGCAGCACCAACAAGCUACGCAGGUGUAUUGAGAAGGUUGCCAAGUCUUCCUUUCAGAGAAACAAUGAUCCUCUGGAUGCAGCGAUAUUUUAUCUUGCAUUGAAGAAGAAGGCAGUGGUCUGGGGACUGUACAGAUCUCAGAAGAAUGCCAAAAUGACAGACUUUUUCCGCAACAACUUCAGCGAAGACCGGUGGAGGAAAGCAGCAUUGAAAAAUGCCUUUUCUCUGUUGGGAAAGCAGCGGUUCCAGCACUCUGCAGCCUUCUUCCUUCUAGCCGGCUCCCUUAAGGAUGCUGUGGAGGUGUGUUUGGAGAAGAUGCAGGACCUACAGCUCGCCCUGGUGAUCUCCAGAUUGUAUGAGUCCGAGUUUGAGACAGCAUCCACCUACAAAAAGAUCCUCCAGAGACAUGUGCUGGGACAAGACAAACAGAUUCCAGCCCACCAUGAUCCGUUCCUGCGGAGCAUGGCUCACUGGGUCCUGGAGGACUACAGCAGAGCCUUGGACACUCUGCUCGAGCAGCCUGCUAACAGCGCCAACUCUGUGUCUACUGAAAGUAGAUCUGAUACUGGUUCCUCUUCUGUGUCCACAUGUAAUCCUGAGGUUUUCAACUUCUACACCUACCUCCGUACCCACCCGCUCCUCCUUCGUCGCCAUUUUGGCUCCUCAGACAAGGCUAAAGUUGGCCUGACCGCCGAGGGUCGCAGGGCUGACUCCAUUAGCCUGGAGGAGAGAAGACUGUUUUUCACAGCUGCAUAUGCACACCUGCAAGCCGGCUGCCCAAUGCUAGCGCUCGAGGUCCUCUCCAAGAUGCCCAAAGUCCGCAAGCAUUCCAAACUCCACAACCAGGAGGACACCGGUAUCGCCACCGAACACAGCGUUGGGAGUAAGAACGGGCAAACAUCAGACCCGGAUUGGUCUCAGCCAGCUCUGAACGGCUACGAGUCAGGCGGGGACAGCUUAUCCAACAGCCAGUCAGAUUCAGUGUUGAGUUUUGACUGGAGCCAGCCGUCAGUGACACUCCCAGAUGAGCCCCUGGAGCUGAAGUGGGACAGUGACAAAGACGACGAAGACGAUGAGGAUGAAGAGGAAACUAAAAAUGGUAAGAGCGGCAGGACUGCAGACAGCAGCAGUGUGUUCCAGGACACGCAGGAUGCCAUGUCGCCACUCAUGGAGAUGGUGACAGGAGAGGACAGCGAGGACAGCAGUGACUUCAUAGCACCCGCGGAUGACAUCUUGGUGGCCCAGCUGAAGUUUACCGCCUGUUUGAAGAUCAUGACCAAUGAGCUGAGGACGCUUUCGACCGGGUAUGAACUGGAUGGAGGAAAGCUUCGUUACCAGCUCUACCAGUGGUUAGAAAGAGAGGUGGUGGCUCUCCAGCACUGCUGCAGCUACAAGCCUUGCUUGCCAGAGCUGUCUGUCCAGGGUGAUGCCCCUGUCUCUGGGUUGGUGGAGGAGGAACAGCCUGGGAGCCCACGUGGUGACAGCCAGAGAAGCAGGAGACACUGGCUGCAGAGUAACCAGCCCUUACUGAGGAUGUUUCUGAGCUACUGUAGCUUGCACGGGUCACACGGUGGAGGACUGGCCUCUGUACGCAUGGAGCUCAUAUUACUGCUUCAGGAGUCUCACCAGGACGACUCUAUCCAAUCAGUGAUGACGCAGUGUUCCCAGCCCACCUCUAUCCCUCUCCUGAUGGCUUGCACAGCCAACGUAAAGACCGUGGUGGCCAAUCCCAUCGUCUACCUGACCAACCUGACUCACGACAUCUUACAGACCAUCAAUGCACUAGACUCUCCUCCACAUCCCGAUGUUGUCAACAACGAGAUCUACGUGAUGCACACGUUGGCUGCCUCCUUGUCUGCCUGUAUAUAUCAGUGUCUGUGUGAUGGACACACAUACAGCCAUGUGAACCAUUUCACAGGGAUUGUAUAUCAGAGUGUAUUGCUGUCCCAGAAGCAGCCAGUCAGAACAGUCAGCAUGGAUGAGUCUGUUCAGCCCAACACUUCUCCUGCACAGUGGCCAGGUAUUGCCUCUCUGAUCCGUCUCUUGAGCUCAGCAGGUGAGGAAAGUCAACCAGGCUUAGCCGUGCUGCUCUGUGAGAUCCUCACUGCUGUCUUCCUCAGUCUGUUCGUUCACGGCAUGGCCACUCACUCCAGCAACGAGCUGUUUCGCAUCGUGGCCCAUCCCCUCAACAGCAAACUCUGGGUGACAGUGUUCGGAGGAGGUGCCCGGACCCCUGUCAUACAGAAACCCAACAGCCCAACAAAAUCACCCCCGCCAGCCUCACCGGGCAACGACGGCUCAGACAGGAAGUCCAGACGAUUCAGGCUCCUGUCAUCACGUAGCGGAUCGAGGGAAGAGUCCGGGAUAGAGAGGGAGGGCGCGUCCAGUCCCAAGCCUGGACCAGUUGUGGAACAGGAAGCUCCCUCCGUCUUUAAAGAACGUUUUGUCCCUCCAGAGCUCAGCAUUUGGGAUUACUUUAUCGCCAAGCCGUUGCUGCCACCGUCAGAAAACAGAAUUGAGUACGACUCGGAGGAGAGCCAAGGCAGUCAAGAUGAAGAUGAAGAUGAUGAGGAAUAUGAAGAUGUGUUUGACCCCAAUUCUCCACAAAGAGAGCACUCUAACCACAAUUCAUACAGUUGGUGUUUAAUGCGCCUGGCAAUGGUUCAGCUGGUGCUGGUCAACCUCAAGUCCUUCUACCCCAUGGCAGGAUAUGAUCUAUUAGAUCUGCCUGUGGGCUCUCCUUUGUGUCACGCUGUGCUGAAAACGCUGCAGCGCUGGGAGCAGGUGCUGCAGAAAAGACUGGAGGUCUUCGGGGGCCCCCCCUCCAAGUACAUCUCCACACACCUGCAGGAUGAAACAGCCACACCCGGCCCCGCCCUCCUCAGACACAAGGCCCUCCUGGAGCCGUCCAACACGCCCUUCAGAACUAGCCAUCAUACAGCACUGCCAGUGAAGCGUCUGUGGCAGUUUCUGGUCAAGCAGGAGGAAGUGCAGGAGACUUUCAUUAGAAACAUCUUUACCAAGAAACGGGACCCGAACGAGUCGGUCGAGGACCAGACUGACAAUAUGAAAUGUUCAGGGACGGACGAGACAGGAAACUAUCAGACUGAGUCAGAUCUAGGCAGCCCCGGAGGAAAGGCACGCAUCAUCCACAAGGAAUCUGACAUCAUCACAGCCUUUGCCAUCAACAAGGCAAAUCGUAAUUGUUUAGUCAUGGCCUCCACCCAUGACAUUCAGGAGCUGGAUGUGUCAUCCAUCUUGGCUACACAGAUCUUGACAUGGAUCGAUGACGAUGAGGCUGAAGCCAAAAGUGCUGGCAGUGAUGACUUCCUGGUGGUUCAUGCACGCGAUGACUUUGCCGCCCUCCACGGCACCACACCGUACACUCACAGUACCCCUGGCACACCCAUCAACAUGCCGUGGCUGGGAGGCCUGCAGACGGGCCGAGGAGCAUCCGUGAUGAUCAAGAGAAAUAUCAACAAUGUGAGAAGAAUGACCUCCCAUCCCACACUGCCAUACUACCUGACAGGAGCUCAGGAUGGAAGCGUGAGGAUGUUCGAGUGGGGUCAUUCCCAGCAGAUCAUUUGCUUCAGAAGUCCAGGGAACUCCAGAGUCACCAGGAUACGAUUCAACCACCAAGGAAACAAGUUCGGUAUCGUAGAUGCUGAUGGAGGUUUGAGUCUUUGGCAGACCAACACAAGUGGGAACGCACCAAAACCUUAUCUGACGUUGCAGUGCCACAACAAGACAGCUCAUGACUUUGUCUUCGUGGGCUCCUCCUCUCUCAUUGCUACUGCGGGCCUUUCGACAGACAACAGGAACGUGUGUCUGUGGGACACUCUGGUGACUCCUGCUAACAGCCUCGUACAUGCUUUCUGCUGCCAUGAGUCAGGUGCUACCGUGCUCUCGAUGGCCCCCAGGCAGCAGCUGCUCAUCACAGGUGGGAGGAAGGGCUGGAUCAGUGUCCUGGAGCUUGCCCACAGGCACCAGCGUCAGAGCUUCCAGGCCCACGACUCGCCGGUCAAAGCGCUGGCUGUCGAUCCGACUGAAGACUGCUUCAUCAGUGGAUCAGCUGAGGGCAACAUUAAGGUUUGGAACUUGGCCACGCAGUGUCCGCUCUAUACCUUUCCGAAUGAACACGCUCGCCAGUCGCUGUUCAGGAACCUCGGCACGGGUGUCAUGCAGAUCGAGGUGGGACCGACCAAUCACAUCUUCUCCUGCGGCGCCGACGGGACCAUGAAGAUGAGGAUCCUCCCCAACCGUUUCAGUGUUGUCAAUAACAACAACCACGGCAACCUCAAGAACGACGUCAAGUUCAUCAUAUAGAAAAAUGUGGCAGUUUGACUGAAUAAUGUGAAGUGCAUUUUUAUGAUCAGUUCAGUUUCGAGGGGGGGGAGGGCAGGAGGGGGGGAGGGUGAUGCCAUGUGAUGGCAAGUGUUAUCAUCUACCAGUGUAAAUGACUCAUGACAAAGGAUUUAUAGACUUUCAUGGGCGCGAGAGUGAGCGUGCAGUGACUGCUUCUGCUGUGCUUUGUGAGAGAAGCAGAAUUUGGCAUCAAAGCCGAACAAACAAACAAACACACAAACAAACAAACACACACACACGAACACACAAACACAUACACACACACACACACAGGAGCCUCCACAAGUGUUCUGAACUGUAGUGGAAGUCAAAGUGGGCACAGGGUGACGACCGAGGGCACGUUCAAUCAGAAAAGACUGUUUAAAAAAAAAAAAAAAAAAAAACAGACAGAAACCCAGCUGGAGACGUCUCCAAAAACAAACUGCCACCUCAGUGUCUGCUGAACAGCACACGGAGAGAAGACUGACUGCCUUGUUUUGCACAGGAACUGUAGAAGGAGCAGGAGCGAGAAGAGACUGUGAAGAGUCUAAAGCUGCAGCAUUGGUCUAAAUACAGUAUCACCUUCUCUUUAGUUCUCUUUGGUAGCGAAGUAGUCGGAUAGUGGAAGCUCUUCUGGCGUCUCUGCUGCUGAGUAUUCAGGUGAUAAAAGUGGGACCGUGUAUGCGGCAGUGUAUCUCACAGGGACGAUAAGCGUUCCCUGUCGGGGUUUAAAGGUCACCGCAAGACUGCACAUCACUGUCAAACUCGGUUCAGCACAAAGCAUUAAGGCCAGUCGACAUCGUAGAAAGCACAUUAUAUCCGGUCACAAGGACUCCCGGCGCAUUCUGGUGCUCCAUUAUAUAAUUUUUGGACGCAAAUGAUCGUUUUGGGUGGCAAAGCAGAGGAUCAUGUGUUUCUCAACGAUCAAAACCGAACUGUAGGAAAUUUACAGGAUGUCAGUUUCAUAUCGUUAUCAUGUUUAAUAUUUUAAGCAUUUGACUGAUGCCCUGCUCCAUCCUGACUUGAAUUGAACACAGGAAACAAUGUGAUUUUCUAAAAGCAGGGGGAAAAAAUAAACAAAUCACAUCUCUGAAAUUUAAAAUAGUAUGUUGGUUCGACAUUUUGGGUAUAAACUUAUUCGUUUUCUUAGCUUAGUUUAGCACAAAGACGGUACAACAACCAAACUACUAACAAAAUCCACCUACCAGCCCCUCUAAAGCUCACUAAUUAACACAUUAUUUGCCUUUUGUUUAAUAUCUUUAAAAGCUGAAGUGUAAAAAUGCAAAUUUGUCAUUUUACAGGGAUGUGUGACUAUUUCUUGGCUCUGAGCAGUUGCUAGGCAACCAGAAGAGACUUCAGCAAGUAUAUACACCCGGCCAAGAAAAAGUCCGACCCCAUGUAACGGGGAAUUGCUGCUUUUACUCUUCGCUUUUGUUCAGAUAAAAAAAAAGACAUAUAACAUGUUAAUUAGUGAGCUUCAGAUAUGCUGGUAGAUGGAUUUUUUUAACCCUUGGACAGAGCCAAGGCUGGCGCUUUCCUCCAUUUCCAGUCUUUGUGCUAACAGAAGCUAUGCUAACCAGAGAUGAGAUUAUUAGGGAUCUUAUCAUCUAACUCUCCUCAAGAAAGCAAAUAAACGCUUUUCCCAAAAUGUCAAACUAUUCCUUUAAUCAAGUGAAGUCGAAAUCUGUGACUUGAGUUUACAGCUGUGCCGCCAACGAUCCUUUUUCCUACUUUUCAUGGACUACCUGAAUGCGCCAUUUCUCUUUCUCUAUUUGCACAUAAAGAUUAAGCUAAAUGAUAUGUAGUGUAAUGCAUAUAACUACAAGACUGGAUGUCAAUAAAAGCAGUCCAAGUUAAGCCUUUGGUAAUAAUAAUAAUAUAUAUAUAGAUUAUGGUGUUUGUUAAUCGCGGCCUAGAUUUAACCAGUGGUAUUAUUAUUAAGUGUCCUUAAUCUCUGAAAACUACUUCUGCCGUGCUGGCGCAGUACUACUGUAGUACUGUUGGUCCUGAUAAUAUUAUUAUUAAGUUGCACAAAGUAGCUUUAAUUUGACCGUGCCCUCGUUAAUAUGGGACAUGAUGAAUAAUACCUUUUUUUUUUCUCCUGGCUGCGUUUGUUUUUUGAAAUGUUCGAUAUGAAGCUUCAGGAAUCGUUGCUGUUGACAAUGGAAAGAGGGGUUUGGGGGGGGGUUGAACAAGUUUUAAUUCUAUUUUGUUGUGGAAAUGUUUUAUUCCAAUAACAAUGCACUUCCCUUUCAUUGACUCAUUCAUUUCCCUUUAUGGACCAUGAUUGAAAAACUGCCUUGGAAACAAUAUUGUUUGCCUUGAAGUCAUUUUAUUUAGCAGACUGGUUUGCUUUUCAGUUUCUUAGUUAUGACCUAAACUCAUUUUCUACCACUCAGAUGAUUUUUUUAUAUCAUCCAAAUGCAGCACAUUGCCUUCAGUACAUGCUCGGAAAUGUAAUCUAGAUUCGGUUUAUAUUAUGAUAUGUCUUCCACAUAGAUAAGGAAGGGGUUCAUGCAAACUGUCCUGUAGCUGUUUAGUCUGAAGGAGUGUAAUCUAUAAAGCUAAAUACCCAGAGAACCUUGUUGUGCUGCUGUAGGGAAAGAAAUGUACAUUAGCUUUGAUUUCAGGGAGGAUAAACUGAGGAAAAACCUUUUUAGAUGAAGCAGAUUUAUUGCAGUUGUGUAUAUACAUAGAUCCAUAAAGUAGGCGUCUCAUUAUAAUUGCAUAAUCAUAACGACUAGACGUACAGUAGAUGAACAGUGGGUAAUGACAAAAGCCACUUUAUGAAGAAUAUAAUUCUGUAUAAACACACAGGUAUAUUUAUGAAAUAUGUUCAUAUUUAGGAAUAUUGACUGAUUGAUCAAAAGGUAGAUGUAAUCUUAUUUCUUGCUUUUUUUUCUCUCUUUCUCUCUCUUAUCAGGUUGCCAUUUUCUUUUUUCUGUCCAUUAUUUCAUGAUGUGGGCUUGAACAAUCGCAGUGCAAUUUCUUGUUUUCCCCACAACGGGAAACGAUGUGUACUCCAAAAGCAACUGGAGAGUUAAAAUACAUUUUAUCAAAGCCAAACUAUGUGUGCUCCUGCAGAAACUCAAGAAUGAAAUAAAUUUUAUCAAAGCAAGUGCUUUUUUUUUCCCCAAAUAAUAUUACUUAUUUUCCUUUCAAGACUCACACCACCAACAGAUCAGUCUAAUAUGAACUACAUCAGUGUGUCGGGUGUAGCUGUUGCAUGAUGAUAAACAAACUCACUUGGUCUGAUCAACAAAAAUCAUCACAUUCUGCUCUGACUUGUUUUUUUUUUUGUUUGUUUUUUUUUCCCUCUUUCGAUCUUGCAAAUGUGAAUUUGAUCAGAUAGUUCUAAUUUUAUAAUGAAGAUAUCGUGUAAAUCGAUGUAUUAUAUACAGAAAAUGUACCGAUGUAAUAAAAAAAUGAUGUAACGAGCAGA